ACCCGCGGGGACAAAUUGUCAGAUGAUAGAGUGACAAUAUGGCGAUUUAUUUUCAGACGUGUUGACGUUUCGUCUUGAGUUUUUCUCCCAAAAUCGUAGUGUAAAAGUGCGUGAAAGUGUCGUGGAGUUGCGGAAAAUUGCUGGGAGUGAGAUCUGCAGGAUCCUGAUGAGCUUCUAAUGAGUGGACAAUGGAUCAUCAUGGCUAUUAUCCGGAUGUGAACGCAUAUGCCGGCGCAACGGGUGAGAUUGGCCAGCAGUUGCCUCUACAGCAGCAACAGCAGCAGGCGACAAUCUAUCCCUUGCCACACCACCAGGCCUACCAGCAGCCGAUUCCUUCGCUCCAGCAGCAGCCCAGUCAGCAGAUCCAGGCGACGCAGUUGUACCACCAGAAGAAUGCCCAGCAGAUGCACUACAGGAAGCACGAUAUCCUGGACUCUUACGGUGCCAAUGGAGAAAAUCUGCUCAAUUAUUCGGUGAAUAGUGGCGAGAGUCCCGGUGGUGCCAUUGCCCAGUGCGGCGUGGAUUAUUCUGCUGUCCAGUACGCCAAGAGUGGAGUUGAGCAAAAUCCCACCUACUACUAUUCCAAAGUUCAAGCUGGAGCUUACGAUGCAAACUACGGAGGAUAUCAGAACUACAGCGCAACUGCAACUCCCACGUACAACAAUGCGUCCUCCACAUCGUCCAGUCCUAUCGUGCUCAGUGACUAUCCGGAAUCGCCCAAGAGUCACGUGUCAAAUACAUACGGCGGUGCAAUCAAGUACAAUGGCUAUCAAGUGGCGGGAGGUUACAAGAAUUCACCGGCAGCACCCGUGGCGCCAACGCAGUGGACAACUCCCGUCCAGUCAGCUCAAGUUCCUCCGGCCAAAGACAUGAGGCAUUCUUAUGGCAUGGUUCCUGUGCGACAUCCAUUCGACGAUUCCUACAGCCGAUCGGCAGUGUACAUGCGACCUGGAUCCCAUCCUUAUCACAUGACACAGGAUUAUGGCUAUGCGGAAAAGUACCAGUCAAAUUACUUCACUCCCACGAAUCCCUACAAAACAGCAAGCAAUGGCAAAUACCCAGUCAUGAUGGGCUCUUCUCCGCGAUCUGGAAGGACAAUGAUCCAGUCAACGCCAGAAGCGCCUGUUCCGCAUCCCUAUUACAACAUGAUGCGGCCCGGAAAUGGUUAUCAACAGCCAACUAGUCAAGUUUACAAUCGCCCAGCCACACAUCACGUGCCGCAGAAGGAAAUGUACAUGGAGAAUGGCAUGUACGACGAUCCCUACGGCGCCAAGAUAAACUACAACACUCCCCCGAAGUACAUUCCACAGUACGAAGACUACCACCAUCAUCACCAUCGUCACUCCACCAAUCAAAUCCCGCAGCAAUCGGCAAUGAGAAGCUCAGUGAUCCCUGGAAGCUAUCAGGCAUCGAAGAUUGUGUAUCAGGGCUCAAGAAAUCCCAACGAAAUGUGCUACACGAGUGGGUAUCAAGGAUCGUAUCCUGUGAGUCAAGCUGCUCCGCAACAGCCCAAUCGCGUGGGGUACUAUGAUGUGCCUCAGCAAUCUGAGAAGUCCUACAUUGAUUUGGAGGAGCAGAUAAACAGCUCUAAGAUCUUGAAAGCGGGUCGCCCACAAAUUUCUGAUUACUAUCAAGCGUCACACUAUCAGUAUUUGGGUCAUCAUGGCCAGGUUGAGGAUCUAACGUCUGACCCACAGGUGCCUCUCAAGAAAACCAACGUGCGAGACUUCCUGUCAUCGUGGAAUGAGGAUGAAGAGGAGGAGAACAAGCAAAGUCACGAACACAAUCGCUCUGCUCCGGAUAUGAACAGCGUGAGCUGUAGCUAUGGGAGCUCCAUUUACGACAUGAGUCGGCCGAAGGAGUUCGACACUGAAGGUAAUCCCCGAAUUCACGUGGGCAUCACAAUAGACAACAACACCACAAAUCAGAGUAUCAACCUGCCGGAUAUAAUAAUUGACAUUGAGAAGCCGAAGUUGAUGCCUCCUGAAGACAAUGUGGUCGUUAAUUCGGAGAAACUUUACGUUCUAGAGUCCAUCGAUGUGCCUUUGUCGGAACUCAACAAGUACAAGCACUUGAGCGUAGUGAAUAAACUACCUGAGAAUAUUGUGCACUUUGCCAAUGGCGAAUCGGAACAGGAUGGUAAGGAUUUUGCCGCGAGUGUAGAGAACUCCCUAAAGUUCAUUGAGGAAAUUGAGUCGAAUCAUGAAAACUACUUCAAGAGUGACUUUGAGAUGAAUGUGGAAUAUGAUGAGAAGGAUGCUGAGCCUGUUAAACAAGCUGCUCCACCAGUGAGCCAACCGGAGAGGAAGGAAUCUGUGAUUGUGGCAAAUGGUGAGGCAGACAAGACUUCUCUUGAGUGUUCCAAGAAAGCCAAGAGAAAGAAGAAGCGCCGAUCCUCAAGUAUCGCCAGUGUGGAGUGCUAUCCAAUAGCACCGCCAAAGAAGAUCAAAACACUCCAGAAGCUAUGCAUUACCGUGAUAAAUUCCAAAGAUUUCCGCAAGUCCUACGAAAAGUAUCUCACGUGUAAGCGGAAAGAGGCUCCAAAGCAGUCGGUUGUAAAGAAACAGAAAAUUUGCCGCUACACUAAGAGGUACUGUCGGCGAGUGCCCAGUCUGAAGGAGCUCUGCGAGAAGUACUUUGUGCCUGUUCGCCAACCACAAAGUCUCAAAGAGGUCUGCGAAGCCUACAUCUGUAAUCACAGGAAUCUCUUUGCGCUGGAAGAAGUGCCUCGAGUGCCUAGAUUGAGUGAUCUGUGUGAAGAAGUGCUGAAGAUCAACAAUUUCAUAAUCAAUCUCGAUGAUUUCAGUGAGGCUCCAGAUGGGGCGAACAUCUGCUUUGAUCUCAUGAUCUCUACUGCUGGUCAAGAGCUUUUGCCUCAAACCAUUAGUCCGGAAACUCUCCUUCAACCCACGCAAACGGAGGAGAACUUCCUGGACAUGGAUGCGAACUAUUUCUCUGAUUCUGAUACUUAUCGUCUCUUUGAUAUCUGCGAAAAUAAUCACAUCCAAUCCGAGGAGAUAAUCCCUGUGGAUGUGGCUCGAGAUAGGAAAGAGAAGCUCUUUGAAUACCUGCGAUCGAAGUAUAUUCAGAGGCCUCAUCAUGAGAGGUUGUUCUUUGUAAAGAAGACCACAAGAAAGUACUUCUUCUACCAGCGCUACUCACGAUUCCUAUUGAGGAUGUAUCGGCGAGAGAAAAGCUCUGAGGGACAAAAGCUUCCGGCGAAGAAGAAGCGCUUGAAGAUUGAAAAGAAGCGUGAGGGAAAGCAGAUUCCGAGGAAUCACGAGAACUCUCUGAACAACAAUUACAGUCCAAAGAAGAGUGGGAGUGAGGGUGAAGGUCGAGAUAAGAGGGUACAAAAGAGACAUUCUCGAGUGGAGAGAUCGUCACAGGUGGAGCAAAAGAAGAGACGCGUCUCGGAAUCUCAUCGUGUUGCCAAAGAUCUCAAACGCCAACAUGCAAGUGCAUCUGCGACGAAGAGAAAGGCGAGUGUGGAGUCGCGAAAGGGCCAGAGGAAGCUCAAUUUUGAUGAGAUGCUGCUCAACAUUGACUCGUACUACACGAAAACCAUUGGGAGGGUGAAGUCCUGCUCGAGGGACUCGGACGACAGCAGCAGCAGCAGCGAGCGGAGUAGUUCCAGCAAGAGCAGCUCCAGCAGCUCAAGCAGUUCAAGCAGCACGAGUAGCAGAAGCUCAUCGAGCUCCUCGUCUUCAUCUACGUCCUCGUCAUCUGGAUCAGGUACGCGAUCGCCGUUCGUGAAGCUCGAGAGGAGUGUCCUCAUCGAUAAGAUGGGGAAAAUGUAUACGUAGCAUUUUCCUUCAAGAAUGAGGGCCUUUCUUUUGGUCCCUGCUUGACAUAUAUUUUCUAUACGGUUUGAAGAAAAUGAGUACAAAUAAUUUCUUCUGCGGCAAAUUAUAUUUUGGAUUAGGCAUAAAACUGACAGCGAAGAUUUUUUCGCUUAGCAAAUUUCACACUAAAUCGAGCCAUUUCCCGCAAAAUGCGGGAAUCCCAGAAGACACAAUCAAAGACACUGAGAAUACCAAAAUGUGCAAUUAAUAUAUUAUUCUAAUGACCUAAUCUAUUCUUCCUCCAUAAGAUGAUUUAUAUCGCUUUCUGUUUAGCAUUAAUUUACUUACAAAUACACAUUUUGUUUACAUUGGUUUUCGCUUCAGUGAGUAAGAAAAAUUUCGUCUUCGUCAAUACAGUUCCGUAUCAAAAUUAUUGACACAUUUCAAUGGUUUAAAGUUUAUUCAGUUAAUCUCUUGAGAUCUUGCGUCAGCAUUAAAAGAUCAACGUUAAAGUUUUUGUUUUUAAGAAAUGGUUAUUUCCUGUGGGAGUUUUUAUUUAAUUUUAUUUUGUUGUUGAAAUGGACAUUUUAUGUUGCUGAAUAAAUAAAAGACGAAUAAAAUGAAAAAAAAAAUCAUGGCUAGAAACAAAAAGUGAUCUCAAUGAAAUCAUUUUCUAAAAUAUACAUAUUAACUAUAUCUUGACGAUUGAGAUUGAAAAAUGACGAUUUUCAAUAGAAAGACAAAUUGAGAAAAAUUAUAUUAAUUGUUCGGAAAGGGAGUUUGAGGAAGAGAAAUCAAAAGAAAAAAAAUGUUGUGUUGUUUAAAUUUUAAGGAAAUUUUAAUGCAAGAUGGGAAUGAAUUGAGUUUGUGCAAAAAAUAUAUUUAUAUCUAUAUAUUGAUAGUCAUCUACAAGAUGUUGUUGGCAGAGGUUUUAAACUAAAUGUACUUAAAUGUGUGAUUGGCGGGGUUGAUAUUAGUGUGAACCAAGGAAAAAUUUACAAUGAAAUUGUAGAAUAUCCCAAUAUUUAUUCAUAUUGAGUGUUAUAUUUACAAAUAUAUUUUAUAGAAGAGCAUAGUCAAGAUUUAUUCAAGUGCAGACAUCAAAUAAUCAUUAUAUUUACCAAUAGAAAAAAAAGAAUAUUUAUAAUACACUGUGCAGAUUGUAUAUUUACAAGAGAUAAGAAGAAAUAUUUAUAAAAAGAUUACUAAGAUGAAUUUAUUCACGCGUGCGUGUGUUUGUAAGUGUAGUAAAUUUGAAAAUAUAAUGCUACUAGAGUAAAAAUGAGUGAAAAAAGGAAAAAAAUAACAGGUUCUAAGGGUCCAAAAACGCGAAGAGUUUUCAUAAAUGUUUUCAAUAUACGAAACGGAAAAUGUCAUUCGGGUGAAGAAACCGUAUUCAUUAGAUAUAUAAGAGAACCAAGACAAAUUUGUUGAGGCCAUUGUAGAUUUCUGUAGCAAAUUGUGUUUUCCUUCUUCUUAAUUCAAAUCCCACCAAUUUCAUUCCUUUUCAAUUUUAUUGUAGGUGUUAUUUUUGAUCAUUUUUCUACACUUGUAGAUUUAGAUGAAUAUUAAAAAUGCUUUUCCUUUUUGGCAAGUGGUUGAGAAGGCUUAAGUGCAUUUACUAAGGUUUUUUAAGGAAACAAUCCAGUGAAUGAGAAAUUGUACAAUGAAACAGUGUUUUGUGGAAUCUCUUGGGAUUUAUUGGAGAUUUUUUUUUUUAAUUUAAUAUACAAAUAUGCAAAUCUGUAUUUUCAAACUCACAGAAACAAACACUUUUACACACUUUUAGUGCCUUGCUGUGGAGCGAUGUUUUGUAAAGGAUUUAUUUAGGAAAAUAGCAAAUGAAAUCACCAAAGCUCUAACUAAAUAGUAUAUGGACAGGUUUUACCCCAAAAUUUCACAGUCAUUUUACACUUUACCUGAUGCGAUGAGAAAUUCCCUUUUUUGUGUAAAUAAACAUUGUUAUUUAAUAUCUAUCGAUUACGACAUCUAUGUUGGUUGGUUGGAAGUGAAAAAAAGUAUGAAAUAAAUAAUGAAGAAUUAU